ACACGGAUGAAGGCGGUAAACGCGGCAUGUGUUGAAGUGGAGUGACACUCCGGGGUGAUUUGGUACUUUUUACAGACUUUUUACACACAGGACUGUAAAAGUCGCCGUAUCCGCUUUAAAAUGGCAUCGUCGGAGCUCCGGACUGAACUGGAGGAGUAUCUGAAACAGCUCGAUAUUGAAACAAUAUGCGUUGAACACCCGGAGGUGUUCACAGUGGAGGAAAUGAUGCCUCACGUGGAGCACCUGAGUGGAGCAAUCACCAAAAACCUCUUCCUCAAGGACAAGAAGAAGAAGGGCCUGUGGUUGGUGUCCGCUCGUCACGACCGUCAGGUCAACCUCAACGACCUGGCCAAGAAGCUGGGCGUGGGCAGCGGUAACCUCCGUUUCGCCGACGAGUCCACCAUGCUGGAGAAGCUGAGGGUGGGUCAGGGGUGCGCGACGGCUCUGGCGCUCUUCUGUGACAAGGAGACGAGCGUCAAGUUUGUCCUCGAUAGCGACCUGGUAGACGGGGGCCACGAGAGGGUGUAUUUUCACCCCAUGACCAAUGCUGCCACGAUGGGCCUUAAACCGGAGGACUUGCUCAAGUUUCUAAAAGCAACAGGACAUGAACCGAUUCUUCAGAGCUUUGAGUAGACGAGCGUGGUACGAAAAACACAGUAAACAGGACUGCUAGGGGGACAGCUGGUGGUGCAGGAGGUAGAGCUGCUUCCUUGGGAGUCCAAGGUCACAGGUUUGAUUCCCACCUCCAGCUGUAGUACCCUUGAGCAAGGUACUUACCCUAAAUCACUCUAGUAAAAAUUCCCACUCACUUUGGGCAAGAGUAAAUGAAUAAAUGUAAAUGUACUCUUGCUCAUUAAUUUACUAAGGAUACUCUUGUAAUUGGCCAUAUGAUUUGUCAAAAUGUUAAACAAUGCUCAUGUGUUCCAGGGAUGUUAUCUUUCCCAUUGUUUGUAUGGUCUGUCUAAUAUACUGUACUUGACACAUGUAUAAUAUUUAAACCCUAGUGAGCUGUGUCCCGUGACCAAUCAAGGGCUCUUCACAGGCACAGUGAGUGGGCUCCUUUAGAAGAAAUGUGGUGCAAAGAUGACAGCAAUUUUGUAUUUAUUGACAAACAUGCUGAAUACCAGGUGGCUCUUCAGUACUAUGAGGCUGAAGGGCUCUUCAUCCAGGAAGUCUCCUUGGCUCUAGCGCCCUCUGCUGGAGCUCCUAGGAAGGACAACUUUCCUCUUCCACAUACUCCCAGUGCAGUUCGACUCUUUAUCAUUUAGCUGACAGCUUUCUCCAAGGAAAAAUAUAUGUUAAUAUACUUACAAGUAUUUGUCCACAGCUCGUUCAUUUUUACCAACUCCGUUCAGGUUAAGUAGUAAGGCCACUAUAUCAGGAGGCAGCUGGUAGUGCAGGGGUUGGAGCUACUGCCUUUGAACCCCAGGGUUGCAGAUUUGAAUCCUUGAACAAUGAAUGCUUGAGGAAGGAAGCAAAGUAUGCUUGAACAAAGUCCUUGCCAUAAAAUGCUCUAGUAAAAUUACUCAACUGUAUAAGUAGUUAUAAGUUGGUUUAGAGAAACUGUAACGAUCCGGCUAAUGAGUUAGCCCAGAUCCUCACGUGGAUUCCAGAAAGGCGUA